AUGUCGAGACAGAGCGAGCGCCACGGCCUCUCCGUCAACAAUUUCAGUGGUGGAGGGCCGAGCUCAUCCCAGAAGGCCGCGUCAAAACUCAACCAGCAGGCCGUCAAUCCCCGGGGCUUUAGCGGCUGCGAGCCCUUUGACAGCGGUGUGGAGCUCCUGCUGCAGGAGCCCCCGCGAAUCAGAGGCCCCCGCCUCUCAGAGGCCCCCGUGUCUCAGAGGCCCCGCGUCUCAGAGGCCCCCGCCUCUCAGAGGCCCCCGCGUCUCAGAGGCCCCGCGUCUCAGAGGCCCCCGCGUCUCAGAGGCCCCCGUGUCUCAGAAGCCCCCGUGUCUCAGAGGCCCCGCGUCUCAGAGGCCCCUGUGUCUCAGAGGCCCCGUGUCUCAGAGGCCCCGCGUCUCAGAGGCCCCCGUGUCUCAGAAGCCCCGCGUCUCAGAGGCCCCGCGUCUCAGAGGCCCCCGUGUCUCAGAAGCCCCGCGUCUCAGAGGCCCCGCGUCUCAGAGGCCCCCGCCUCUCAGAGGCCCCCGCGUCUCAGAGGCCCCGUGUCUCAGAGGCCCCGCGUCUCAGAGGCCCCCGUGUCUCAGAGGCCCCGCGUCUCAGAGGCCCCGCCUCUCAGAGGCCCCGCGUCUCAGAGGCCCCCGCGUCUCAGAGGCCCCCGCGUCUCAGAGGCCCCCGUGUCUCAGAGGCCCCGCGUCUCAGAGGCCCCCGUGUCUCAGAGGCCCCGCGUCUCAGAGGCCCCCGUGUCUCAGAGGCCCCGUGUCUCAGAGGCCCCGCGUCUCAGAGGCCCCGCGUCUCAGAGGCCCCCGCGUCUCAGAGGCCCCGCGUCUCAGAGGCCCCCGUGUCUCAGAGGCCCCGCGUCUCAGAGGCCCCCGCGUCUUGGAGAGAAGGGGGGCGAGGAGACAUUUCCAGGACCCGGGCCUCCCGCGCUGGGCUUGGGGGGUGGAGGGGCGAAUGGGAGCGAGGGGCGGGGGUGA